AUGAAGUUUAUGAGUAACGAAUUUUCUCGUUUCACACUCAAUAAUGAUGUGGAGGAUUUAACUGAAAAGUUUAGCCGUCUGAAAAUCAACAGCAACAAUAUCAGUAAUAUUGAAAAUAGUGAUUCUAACAACAAUCUAAACAACGAAUAUAACGAAAAUCACAAUAAUACCAGCAUCUUUAAGGCUAAACCCAUUGCUUAUUGCGGUCGUAAACUUCAAGGAAAUAGCAGCAGAAGUCGGUUAAUUAAUAAUUUGAAACGUAAAAUCAACGAAGAAU